CUGGGGGGGCAGACAGGACGCUGUUUGUAGUCCUGACUUUAUGACAGGCUGCGGACUGUGGGAACCUCUCAGGUGUUAGAUGUCCACGCACGCCGAGCUCCUCCCGGUCUUAUAAAUACCGCCUCAACAUGUGGGCCGGACCAGAAGACGCCGGUGUCUCUGGGACUCGUCCGAGCACGCCGUACCUGCAGAAGGACCGGGACUGACGACUGUCUGACUCUGCCAUGGCUCCUGUAGCUCAGACCACACCCGAGGACAAACCUGCCUCUGUGGACAACAGCGGCUCCAACAAGCUGCGGAAACUCACGGUGGAGAAGGUGAGGAGGGACCGCAUCAACCGCAGCAUCGAGCGGCUCGGAGCGCUUCUGAACCGGGGGGAGCCGAGCGGCGGGCAGCCCCCCUCCCGGCUGGAAAAGGCCGACAUCCUGGAGAUGGCCGUGAGUUUCCUGCGACAGAGAGCCCUGGCCCGCGUGGCCCCCAGCUCCUCCCGGGGCCCCUCCCGGGGCUUCUCCCGGGGCUUCUCCCAGUGUCUGCAGGAGACCCUGCGGCACCUGUCGCUGCACGCCCCGCUGCAGCCCGCGGAGAGGGAGGAGAUCAAGCGCUUCUACGUGCGGCAGAGAGCCGCGCUGCAGAGGCACGUGUCCGGGGAGCAGGGCCGACGGACUGUGUCGCGCAAGCGGGCGGGCUACCGGUCACCGGCACGGUCUCACGGCUCCCUGUGGAGGCCGUGGUAGCCGGGACGCGUGUUGUGUGUGAAUGUCGUUAUUUUAUGGACACGCCUACAGCUUAUCUCAGUCUG